GUGGAGCUUCGAGAUAUCUGCAGCCCUGACCAACCAGCUUGGCUGAAACCUCAAAGACUUUGAGCUCCAGUAUUCAUUACAGGAUGGUCAAGAGGCUUUAUGUAGCAGCAGCUACUGAAGGACACAGGCUCUUGGGACAGACAUCAUUCAAAUGUUGCCAUCACCUCACCAAAGGAAAAAGCAAAGUUUUGGAGCAUCUCACACAAGAAAUCAACUGCUCAGCUGGAAGUGACACAGCAUUCUCCUCACAACUCAUUGGCCAGAAUUACUCACAUCCCCUUGGUCCCUACCUUCCUCCACUCCCCACCCUUGAACUAUAAGGGAAGUGCAAUCCUAAUAAGUGCCUAGAAGGUAGAAAGUAGAAACUAUUUGAACAGCAAAUAAUAUGGGGAUAAUAACACAGACUGGCCAAAGGUCUGGAAAGAUAGAUUUUAAAAAAUGGAACCCCUUUGGUUAACUUUUCUGGCACAGCCUUAUUUAAUGAAAUCAGAGACACAAAUCACUUGAGCAAUGCACCAUAAAUGCAUAUGCAAGAACUGAAAGAACUGCUGCAUUUGAACCACACUCAUCGGAAUUUUGCACACAUUGAGCUGUGCAUUAGUAACGAGGGACAACACCUUGAACAUACCAUGUAAUGUCACUGCAGUAUAUAUGCCACUCACCUAUUACGUGCUGAGGAUGCCAACAGUUCGCAAGAUGAAUAUGACUUUUGUCUUCAUGGAGUUUGGAUGUGAAAUGGACUCAGAAAUCAAGGAAGAAAUUCCUGUGCACGAGGAAUUCAUUCUAUGUUGUGGAAUUGAAACCCAGAUUCUAAAAUGUGGGCCCUGGACUGACCUCAUUAGUGAUCAAAUUGCCAACAGGCCUAAGCUGCUUAUUUUCAUUAUUCCUGGUAACCCAGGUUUUCCUGCCUUUUAUGUACCAUUUGCAAAGGCUUUGUAUUCUUCAACAAAAAGACGCUUUCCAGUUUGGGUUAUCAGUCAUGCUGGGCAUGCCUUGGCCCCCAAAGACAAGAAGAUUCUUACAACCUCAGAUGAUCCAAAUGCUCAAGAAAUUAAGGACAUCUAUGGACUCCGUGGUCAAGUAGAACACAAACUAGCUUUCCUGAGAACUCAUGUGCCAAAGGAAAUGAAACUUGUGGUCAUUGGCCAUUCCAUAGGCUGCUAUUUCUCCCUUCAGCUUCUGAAGCAGGCCCCUGAGCUCCCAGUAAUUCGCUCUUUUCUGCUCUUUCCAACAAUUGAGCGAAUGUCUGAGUCACCCAAAGGCAAGCUCGCCACUCCACUUUUGUGCUGGUUUCGAUAUGCUUUCUAUGUUCCUGGCUACUUACUACUUAAACCGUGGCCUGAGAAAAUCAAGUCCUUGAUGAUCAGAAUGCUCCUUCGAAGGAUGAACCUACAGAGUGAAUUUUCGUUUCUGAAUAUGUUGGAACCGUUCUGCCUCAUUAAUGCUGCCUACCUUGGGAGCCAAGAAAUGAUGGAGGUGGUGAAGAGAGACAAUGAAACCAUAAAGGAACAUUUAUCUAAGCUUACAUUUUACUAUGGUACUAUAGAUGCGUGGUGUCCAAAAGAGUACUAUGAAGACAUGAAGAAAGAUUUUCCAGAAGGAGAUAUUCGACUCUGUGAGAGAAAAAUACCUCAUGAUUUUAUCCUCAAUUUUUACCAGGAAAUGGCAGACAUGGUAGCUGACUGGCUAAAGGAUGAUCUGUCCAAAAUAUAACUACUGACACAAUGAGCAAGCACUGACAGCUAGUACAUAAAGGCAGUAGGUGUACUUAGUAGUAAGUGGUAUACUUAGUAGGUAAAUGUUUAAUUUUAAUGUUGGAUAUUAGAAGAGAAAAAAAGUGAGACCUUCUUGGCUUAAAAACUAUCAGCUCCCAGCUCCCCAUGCUACAGACUGAAAUAAACACAGUUGAUCAAUAUUCCAUAGGAUUAACAACACAUUUUCCAAGACUCAGGGAACACACUGAUCUAAACAAAGUCUCUUAUGUUUGCACGAGAUGCCCAGUGGCACCAUACAGUUUAUUUUGGUAGGCAAGAUCCUUGCAGACAAAAGGAAAUCUAAAGUUAGUUGAUUUUAAUUGAGUUACAAUGUAGAAUAGGCUCCCCUAGAGAAAAUUAUGAAAGACCUACUAGAAAAUGUAAGAGACCGCUGAAUGUUAAGUGUGUAGUCGGAUAUGUGAAGCAUAUGAGAUCAUGAGAAGGAUACACUCAAGUCCAGUAGCAGGAAGUGAUGAGCAGUGGAUCUUGGCAGUGGACCUGGGUCUCUCUUAAGGACAGAAGCUGAAGAUCAGCCCAGACUAACUUUGCACAGGUCUUGGCUGAGAUCAUCAGAAUCAGACUGGAUAUCAGGACAGCCUGCACAGCCCACCUGUUGCUACCUUGCAGCAUGUCUCAAACCACCAAGUCAGCCUUCUCUCUGGUCGCCAGUGGCACAAGCCCCAGCAGAGCCAAUGGCAGGGGAAACACUGCUUGUCUCCUUUCCCGAGGAGUGUGACUUCCCCAUCUGCCUGCUGUAGCUCGUCAGACAUUCCUCUGGUCAACUAACAACUAAUAAGAGUUAUUGAAGGAUCCCAAUUCUGCCUUCCUCCACAGACAGCCAGCAAGCUCUGGCUGUGAGCUCCCUGCAGGCUCCUCUUCCCCAGAGCCAGGGUGGGGAGGCCCUAGGCUGUCCCAGAUCAGCCUUAUAUCUGCCACAUGCAACUGCCCCUUCUGUGAUUUUUUUCAGUGAAACUCCACUGAGGACCAGCAAUGAACCAAGUACUAUAAAGGCAUUGUGGAUAGAUUGUUAGCUACAUUAUGAUUCUUUUCUUCUGAAAAUCUUCUAGUAAGUAAUUUUUGAAAGGGCAUCUUUAAAUUGCUGAAUAGAGAAUUACCAUAAAUGAUUUCUCCAUUAGUUUUGUUAGUUGGAAAGAAAUUGUUUUACUAAUGAACCAAAACAACCCAUUAAAUUAUGUGAAUUCACCCUCUCCGGGCACCUUGAGGUCCAGUAAAGAAGAAACUUGUUCUCUGCCCUAGAGCAGGCCAACAAUAUUGCUUCCUUCCCUAAAUUGACACAAUCUUGGGACCUUAGGAGCCAGUAAGUCCCACUGACUGCAGAGAUGGUUGAUGAUAGAUAGAAACAUUCCAUUUUCUACUAGAGGAAAUCCCUCACGGUGUCCUAUUCCUUAAGGACAAUGGGAUGUUGUCCUUCUCAAAACCUAAAGCCCCCUGAUGAAGGAUUCACGUCUGAUAUGUGCCAGCCCAGUGGUAAGCGCUGUAUGAGUUAUGACCCUUUGGCGUGGCUGCCAUGUCAGAGCAAAUGACUUCUCAGAGGGGAGGAGCCAAACUCCAGGCAAGCAGUGCUCUUGGCCCCGGAAAGGAGCCGGUAGAUGCCUAAGCCACUGGCGCAAGGCUGCAUACAGAGUCCUUAUUGACAACUGGGUAGGGAGGCCUUCUAGAAAUCUGAUGUUAGGAGCUCGGUCUCAUGGCUCUGAAGUGCCUUGCAUACAGGAGAUACUCAGUAGUACUAAGCAAGUACUGGGUAAGUCAUGCUACUGGAAUGAAGAAUAACACGCCCAGCUUUUCUUUUAGCGUGACUUUACCACAUUACUUCCUGUUUCAGGAGUCCACGUGUAUGAAAUUAUGUCUGAUAAACCAAAGGUUACCAGAGCUUAGAAAAUGAUAAGAAGUAAAAUGAUAAAGUAAAUUUCCUGUUUAUCAUCUAAGCACCAAAUGAAUUUUCAAAAUAAGUGUUUUACCCACACUUUCUGACCUUGCCUGGCCUGAUCUCUGUGUGUUGGGGGAGGAGGGGUACAAUCUCAGCAUCCUCCUGAGUUAGACUCAGGUCAGAGUCUCUCUGUUAAAUUGAAAAGCCACUUUCUCAGUGCUUCUUUUAGAGAAGGAAGAAUCAGACUUCAGGAGAUUAAAGUUCAUUUUAUUUCAUUAGAAAUUAAGCAAAAAUGUUUCCGUGCAUAUGUAUGAGGUGAUAGGGUAUGUGAACUCUGGAGGCCUUACUGUCUGUGUGAUUUUAGACAACUUCAUCUAAUUUCUCCAUGCCUCAGUGUCCUCAUUUAUAAGAUAGGAUUAAUAAUAAUAUGUACCUCAUAUUGUAGAAGAAUUCAAUGGGAUGAUUAAAUGAAAGCAUCUAGCACAAUGCCUGACCAAGAGUAUCUUCUCAAUCAAGACUGGCUAUAUUAAUAAUAAUUAUUAUUAAACAUCAUCAUAAUAAAAAAUAAAAGACUAAAGUUGGUAAGCAGUGGAUGAAAUCCAUUUUCCAGAAGCAUUUCUGCCUGUGUAUCCUGGUCAGCCACUUGAAUGGCCCUGGUCAAAGAUUUAAUAACUUCAUCUGGGGCUAUCUAGGGCUGAGUGAAAGGCCUAAACUGGAAAUCAUGACCAGUUGUUCCCAGUCUGCUCUGGACCAUGGGGGAGAAUCUCCAGAGGCAGCCCCUGUGGCUUUUCGUGGCGAGGUGUCUAAGGCAGCAGCCCUCUCACCAUUGGCCUCUCCACUCAACCCUUGGAGAGCCAGUGACCUCCAAAGCCUUGACUUUUCGUUAUCCUACAUUAUAUUAAAAUUAAAUUUAAUUCCAGACGUGAGGAGACACAACAACUUAAUAUAAUACCUGAUUCUGGAUUAGAUGUUUUCGUUAUUAAAAAAAAACUGUUGGGACAGUUUGCAAAACUUCAUUGAAUGGGAUCUGAAGAUUAGCUGGGAAUAAGAGACCAAUGUUACUUUUCUGAUCUCACUGGUUGUAUUGUGGACAAGUAGGAAAAUGUCCUUAUUUGUACUGAAGACACACAAGUGUCGGGGAGCCAUGGGGCAUUAUGUCAAUUUACUCUCAAAUGGUUCAGAGAAAAAAAAAGUUCUUUGUUCUUGCAGCAUUUUUGUAAGCUUGAGAUGAUUUUGAAAUGUAUACAAAUAAUUACUUUUAAA